AUGCCGCCACAUUUGGCAAACGGCGUCGCCAGUCCUGAUGCGCUGCAGCUGCCCGUCGCUCAAGUGCACACGGAUAUCAUUCAUGACACGCAGUUUGACUACUAUGGAUUGCAGCUCGCCACUGCGAGCUCUGAUAGAACAAUCGGCAUUCACCUCGCCCGGGAGGGUGCCCCACUGAACCGUGUGGCGACUCUCACCGGUCACGAGGGCCCAGUGUGGAUGGUAAGCUGGGCGCACCCGCGCUUCGGCAACCUUCUUGCCUCUGCCUCGUACGAUCAGAAAGCAAUCAUCUGGAAGGAAGUCCACCAGGGAGCACCCAAGUGGAUGCCUGUGCAUGUUAUUGACAUACACCAGGGCAGCGUGAACGCGGUGCAGUGGGCACCGGAGGAGUACGGACCAGCUGUUGCCACCGCAAGCAGCGACGGCACCGUCGCCAUCACCACCUACCGUGACGGCUGCUGGCAGCCCAGCAUGAAGCUCAGCAACAAUAGCAACCAAAUCGCACACGCAAUGGGGGCAACAAGUGUAACGUUUGCGCCGUUCAAGUCAGAACUAUCGAAGCACGUAAUGGUCGCCUCUGGCGGCUGCGACGGUCACGUCCGUCUUUGGGUGUCUGGGUGUUCUCCAGAGCGGGGCUUGGAGUUUGAGCUGCAUCAGGUGAUCGAAGCACAUGCUGACUGGGUUCGCGACGUUGCAUUCUGUCCUACAUCUUCGGCGUCUCGCUUCGUGAUUCUUGCAUCGUGCGGGCAGGAUAAGACGGUUGUCAUGUACCGGAAGCCGUGGAAUCAGCUAUGCGCAGAAAUCAAUGAGGGUGUCUCGCAGGCUACGGAAUGGGAGCGGAGUGUCAUCGAGUUUGCGGAGCCUGUCUGGAGGCUUUCGUGGGCCCCCUCGGGUGAGAUGCUUGUGGUGACAAACGCGAAGUCCGAGGUGUUUGUGCUUCGAGAAGGUGCUGACUUUACCGAACCGUGGAUUAAGUUGCCUCUGAAGGACUUUCAGCAGUAG